AUGCUCGGAUAUACUUUUAUCACCUGUGCCCUUUUUAUCGGAUCUGCUCUGACGAAUCCUAUCUCGGUAUUCAACACCGAUGGAAUUAAUUACGAGUUAUAUGGUGGUGGAUUCGAAGGAGAUAUGAUUUUUCCUGAUGGAUAUGAUCCAACAAAAGAUUACGAUGGUCGAGGUGCAGCUGCUUAUGGACCUCGACAAUGGCCGAAUAACAUUGUUCCUUACGAUCUAACCUUAAUCACAAAUGCUGCACAUCGCACACUUAUUGAGCAAGCCAUGGCAACAUUAACAUCUGUUACAAGUAGCACAGUUGGUGGAACAACGAAACAAUGUGUCGGCUUUCGGCCAAAAUCAGCAAGUGAUAGAAUCUUCCUUAAAGUCCAAUAUGGAACUGGAUGCAGUGCAUCGGUUGGUUAUGGUACAGGCGAACGACGAAUGACAUUGCAAGACUCUGGUUGUUUUCGAUCUGGUACUAUUCAACACGAACUUAUCCACGUUCUUGGUUUUCAUCAUGAGCAAUCGCGUCCCGAUCGUGAUACAUAUAUCACUGUCAACUAUGCUAAUAUUGAAUUAGGCAAAGAGCAUAAUUUCAAUAAAUACACCUGGGGUAGUACUGCUUUGAAUCAAAAUACACCAUAUGACUACGUCAGUAUCAUGCACUAUGGCCCAAAUUCAUUUUCCAAGAAUGGACAACCAACUAUCGUGCCAAAGGAUUCAACUGCAAAAAUUGGUCAACGGGAUAAACUCAGCGCAGGUGACAUUGCAGAAAUCCGUGCUUUCUAUAGCUGUUCGUAA